AAUAAGAACAUAAAUAAUGUGUAUUUUUACACACUUUAUAAAAUACAUGACUAACUUGUAUGACAUUCUAAAUACUUUUAUUUUUAUUAUUACAAAUGGAAUCAUUAAGAAAAAAAAGUUUACAGAAUUUAAUGUUUUAAAAAUAUUACACCAUAGUGAAAAUUUUUUAGUUAUCAAUAAACCAUUUGAUAUGGUGAUUAAUUGUAAUAAUCCUAAUAUGCAGGAAAGUGUCCAAUGUGUAAUCCGUAAGAUGUUUCCAAAUUUGGCUAAUCCCAAUCUCUGCCAUGAGUUCUAUUUUGUUCACCGAUUAGAUUAUGCUACAAGUGGAGUGAUGUGUAUAGCAUUAAAUAAGCAAUCAGCAAGAGCUGCAUCUAUAGCUUUUGAAGGCAGAAAAGUUCAAAAAUAUUAUAUAGCUGUUGUUCAUGGACAUAUUAAUAGCCCUUCAAUAAUAAUUAAUGUCCCUAUUGGAAGGGACAUUAGAGAAAUAAAUGGUAGUCGUAAAAUGUGUACAAAUGAUAAUCAAUUCUGUACAGAACCUCGUAAAUCAUGUACAGGAUUAAUGGUUUUAGAGAAAGGUUAUUACAAUAAUAAAGCAGCAACAAAAAUCUUGCUUUAUCCAACUACAGGGCGUCGUCAUCAAUUAAGGGUUCAUUGUGCAUAUAUAGGCCAUGUAAUUGUAGGAGAUUACACUUACAGCGGGAAAACUGAUGUUGAGCCUUACAGAACAUUUCUCCAUGCAUUGAGAAUAAUAAUUCAUAAUGAAGUAGAGCAUUUAGAUAUAAAUACUAUGGAUCCAUUCACUUCAACAAUUCAUAAAAAUCAAUGGAAACCAUCGGAGACUAUAAGAGUUGUGAAUGAUAAAACAUUUUGGGACAUUCAACAACUCACGUUAAAUACUUGA